GAUUGCUUCGGCCGUGGCGUUGUUAAUCUUUUUUCAAAGAAAAUUGAAAAGAAAUAUUAAAUAAAAUACCACAAUAUAAUUAGCUUGCAUACAAUUUAUAUUAUAAUUAUAAAAAGUUAAUUUCGUUAAAGUAUUUGUACGAAUAAAGCUUAAUUUAACACAAUAAAAAGUUCAUUAGCCCGGCCAAAGCUAAAAAAAAAUGCAUAUACAAAGUGUGAGUGGGAACGAAAAAGUGAAAAAUGCGUAAAAGUGAAAAAUCGAUCGAAUAUAUAUAUUAAUUUAUGUUAUAAUUAAAAAAAGUCAAUUUCGUUAAAGUAUUUUUAUGAAUAAAGCUUAAUUUAACGCAAUAAAUAAAAAAGUUCAUUAGCCCGGCCAAAGCUAAAAAAAUUGCAUAUACAAAGUGUGAGUGAUAAUUACAAAAUAGAUCUCUGAAAUACUCCUAUAAUUACUUAUUGCAACUAUAACGGCCAUAGUCUAUAGAAAUAUUUUGUUUGCUGCUGCUGCACUUAAUAGAAUUUGGCGUAACAAAAGAAAGUAUAGAGGUGCUUUUUUAUAUAUUUGACUCGAUUUGAAAAUCAACAAUUGUGAAUAAUUGCAUUUAAACAAUUCAUUAAACAAACAAUAAAAACAACUUGGAAGAAAGCAAUUACGCAUUAGAACAACAUCAACUAAGUUCUGGAUGAAAUUGCCUUGAAAAUAAAUGUUUAGUGCUGUCAUCCUACAAGUUAAUUCUCUCUCUAAGCAACAUACUUAAAACUGAGUCAACCAGACACCCAACAAGACUCUUUGCAACAACAACAACAACAACAACCACAACAACGAACACUACAGCAGCAUCUGUAAUAGCAACAACAACAUCACUUAUAAUUAAAUUAUUUAUUUCGUCAUGAAUUCAAGCACAAAACAUUUACUUCAUUGCACUUUACUGCUAGUGGUCAUAGUAUCAUUUGAAAUUUUCUCUGGUGGCAUAAAAAUCGAUGAAAAUUCAUUUACAGUUUUGGAUCCCUGGGCGGAAUAUGGUCAAAUAGCAACAGUAAUACUAUAUAUGUUACGUUUCCUAACGUUCCUUACACUGCCGCAAGUAUUAUUUAAUUUCUGCGGUUUAGUAUUUUACAAUGCUUUUCCCGAAAAAGUUGUACUGAAAGGUAGCCCCCUGCUAGCGCCUUUCAUCUGCAUACGUGUCGUGACACGAGGAGAUUUUCCAGAUUUGGUCAAGACAAACGUGCUGAGGAAUAUGAAUACUUGUUUGGAUACAGGUUUGGAAAAUUUCCUUAUAGAAGUUGUAACCGAUAAAGCGGUAAAUUUAGCACAUCAUCGUCGCAUACGUGAAAUUGUAGUGCCUAAAGAGUAUAAAACGCGGACCGGUGCCUUAUUUAAGUCACGUGCUUUACAGUACUGUCUAGAGGAUAAUGUAAAUGUUUUAAAUGACAACGACUGGAUUGUACAUUUAGAUGAGGAAACAUUACUCACAGAGAAUUCAGUGCGCGGUGUUAUCAAUUUUGUUUUAGAUGGUAAACAUCCAUUUGGACAGGGUUUGAUUACGUAUGCCAAUGAAAAUGUGGUCAAUUGGCUGACGACAUUGGCCGAUAGUUUCCGUGUGUCAGAUGAUAUGGGUAAAUUGCGUUUACAAUUCAAAUUGUUCCAUAAACCCUUGUUCAGCUGGAAAGGGAGUUAUGUUGUAACUCAGGUUGGUGCUGAACGUCAAGUAUCAUUCGAUAAUGGCAUUGAUGGCUCCGUGGCCGAAGAUUGUUUCUUUGCUAUGCGUGCUUUUUCCCAGGGAUAUACCUUUAAUUUCAUCGAAGGUGAAAUGUAUGAAAAAUCGCCAUUUACCCUGUUGGAUUUCUUGCAGCAACGUAAACGUUGGCUUCAAGGCAUCCUACUGGUCGUACACUCAAAAAUGAUACCCGUCAAACAUAAACUGCUGUUAGGUAUUAGUGUUUAUUCUUGGGUGACCAUGCCCUUGUCAACAUCAAAUAUUGUAUUUGCUGGACUCUAUCCAAUACCCUGUCCCAAUAUUGUCGAUUUCGUGUGUGCUUUCAUAGCGGCCGUCAAUAUCUACAUGUACGUGUUUGGUGUCAUCAAAUCGUUCUCACUAUAUCGUUUUGGUUUACUGAAAUUUUUAGCCUGCGUACUGGGAGCUGUGUGUACAAUACCAGUAAAUGUGGUAAUCGAGAAUGUAGCUGUUAUAUGGGGUCUAGUGGGUAAAAAACAUAAAUUUUAUGUUGUGCAAAAAGAUGUACGAGCAUUUGAAACUGUGUAGGUUUAAUGCAUAUUAACCGCAUGCUAACAUACAAAUAAGCAAACAAAAACACAGCCAAAAUGUUGUUGCACAAUGAAAAGCAAGAAAUUGUUAUUUUUUGUGAUAGGAUUUAUAUGUAAAAAAACAAAACUAAGUAACAAAAGCUUGACUUUUGUAUAAGCAAAAAUAACUCUCCCUUACAUUAUUUGAAGUUGUUUGUAAGCUAAAGUUAUAAAACGAUAAAAAAAAUCUUUUUUUUAGAAAAAAAAAAACAAAAAACGAACCAAAAAGUGAUGCAGUUUGGAAGAUUUUCUUCUGUUAUCACAUUAAACUUAAACAAAACUCAUUGAACAAAUAAUAUUUUAGGCUUGGGCUAAUUAAUGAUUAUUUACUUAUAUUUUGCAAUAAAAAAAAACUACACUACAUAUAAGUUUAUGGUUUUAUUAACUUGUAAGCUAAAAUGUUAUGCUUAUAGAUUACAUAUAGAUUACUUAAAUAAUCAAUAAAUAGCACUUGCCAAAUACACACAAAAUUUAUUAAAUGUUACAUUCACGCACAUAACUAAAAUCAAACGAAAACACAAACACUUAAUCACCAAAAAAUAACCUCUUUUUACACCUUCCUCCUUGUCCAAAAAACAAAAAGGAUAACAUUAAUAUAUUUCUAAUAGUAUGUAUAUGUUUUAGUUAUUUUCUUUUCAUUUUAAUUUAAAUCUUAAAUUUAUUUACAAUUAUUUAUUAUUAUCAUUAUUUUUUUUUUUUGUUAAAUGUAAAUUUGUUUUGUGAAUUUUUUUUAUAAUAUAUAUAUAUUAAAUACUGGUGGCAUAAGGUUUCAUUUUUGUUAAACCAGCACCUUGUAAAAAACAGCACUCUUUUAACUCACCAUCUCGUCAUUUAUUACACUUACAUUACAUUCAUGCUUUAUAGAAAAAGUUAUUAAUCAGGGCAAAUAUAUACAUAUAUAUGUAAAAUUAAAAUAUUGAACAUGGGUGUACGUUGCACUUAUAAAUCCUAGAAAAAUGGUACAAUAUUCAUAAUCAAAUGAAGCAAAUAAUAGGCCCUUUCUGAAAGUUUUCUGACUUUUUGAGUUUUACAAGUUAUUGAAGAAGUGGUUAAAAAUCUCAGAUUAUUUAAUUUUUGAAACACACUUACUUUGAUUUUUAUAUAGGUUCAAAGUUGGUAAUAAUUUUAGAACUGUUAGUCAGAUUGUAUAAUUUUCGAUCUCAAAUUAAAGCCAAUGAAUAAAAAUUUAAAAGUUUUAUUUUCUAUAAAUCCGUUCUCAUCAAAACAAGAUACAUAUAACUUAGAAAAUCUUCCUUGAACAAUGAAUGUAUCAAAGGAUUUUUAGGAAAACAUAUUGAAAUUAAAGCACAUUACUAUGAGACCAAUAUUGUAAAAUAUUGGACAAGACAGGGUUAAAAAGUUAUAUACAAUUUAAAUUGAGUGAUUUUACACCAUUCUUAUAUACAAUUUCACCUUUGAGCCUCGAUAAAAGACAAACCAAGGCGAAUUUAAAAUGUUUGAGCAUCUUCAAAUUUUGUAUGGCCAUGAAGAAUCUAUGUACCAAGUUUUAACAAAUUUGGAAUGGGUAAGGUCCAAUGCCUUGUCAAAAAUGUUUGUUUCCUCUCAUAUGUAAAUUAAUGAUUGGUUUAGAUUUUUAUAAAUUACACUUGUGAUUUAAAAAAUCUAAAUUUACAUGGAAAUAUUUGGUAUUGAAAAUCUUCUUUAAAACAAUUCUGAAUAAAAUAAUAAUCUCUUGUUAAUAACUUUUUUCAUCUAUAAUCACAAAAACAUCAUCACUAUUAAUUUUAAAGUAAAUUCUAAAUAUUUAUUUUCUUUAUGUUUUUUUUUUUGUUAAGACAAGUUUGUAUUUAAAUAAAAACUGUAUAAACAACAUAAUAAAUCAAAAUAAUAACUAGUACAUGUAUGUAUUUUAUGUAUAAUUUGUUUAUAAAAAGAAAAAUCUGAUAAAAUAUGUAUUGGAAACAAAAAUAUAUAUACCAUUCUUAAAAAUCAAACAAAACCAUAAAGUUUUCUCUUAUAAUAUUAUGUACAAGUAAUUAGUAUAAAAAAAUAUUCAUUUCUAAGAGUGCUUGAAAAAAAAUAUUAAUAAGAUGUAAUAAUGAAAACCAUGUUUUCCCUCUUAAAAGAUUUUUUAUACACAAAUGUACUUAUUAAAAGAAAUAUUUUGAAAACGAAACAAUUACACAUUCAGACAAAUAAUAAUAUCAUCAGUAGCAAUUGUAUGAUCACCCAACAUUAUACAUACUUUUUUAAGAAGCUUUUUAGAACAAAACCAACUAAAAACAGAAAAAUAUGAAUAAAAAAAAGCAAUUUUCUUUUUUUAAUUUGCUAAACAAUUUAAACUUAAACAUUUGACCUUUGUUUUUGACUGCUCUUCCUUUUAGACUCAAUAACGCCUUAUCUAUAUUUUAUUUUAAAAUUUAUAUGAGUUCUUUAUAAAGUGUACUGAAAAUGUUUACAUACAUCAUACCUUGGUAUGAUAUGAUGAUGUUUUUUUUUUCAUUUUAUUAAUGGGGGUCAAUGAAUGUAUAUGAGAAAUUAAUUUAAAUUCUACAUAGACAUGAAAUAACUGAAAAUAAUAAUAAAUAAAACACACACACACAUUAAAUAGUACAUUUUGAAUGAUUGAAUACUAUUGAAGAUGAUAGUUUUUGUUUUAAAUUGACUACACUAUUUACGGCAGUAAUUCAAACAGUCUACUGUCAUAUUUAAAAUACCAAAGUUUUGAAAUAAAUUUAAAUAGACGUAAGAGAUUCAGUUUUUUUUUACACAGUAUAUGUUUAAUUGGCUUUUGUUAACUGACUUAUUCAAACGAAAAAAAAAAACAAAUGUUGAAUAACAAGUGCAUGUGCAUUAUUGGUUAAUAGAUAUCCAUUAGAAAAAAAUUAUGCACUUGUCUAUUGGUAUUUGUUGUUUUAUUAUGAAUACAAUAUUUUUAAUGCAAAUUGUGUUUUGGGACAUACAUAUUUGGAUACAAAUUGUGAGAGUAACUCUAAUAUGCUUAAAAAUUAAUGCCUUAAAAACGAAUUUCAUUUAAAUAUUAGACGAGUAUAAUGUUUCUUGAGAUACUUUUGCGGUUAUGGUACAUAUUUAUGAGUUAUUUAAAAUCGAUUAACUCGUAUUUGUUUUGAAAUAGAACUAUUUUUGAGAAAAUAACAGACUUAUGCUUCUGGCAAUUACGUCUCGUCUCUAUGUUACCUGGUUUCUAGGGUUAUACAGCCUUAUUACAAGUGUCGUUAUCAUUUAAAUAUUUAUUGAGGAUUUCGACGAUUAUUUUUUAUUUUCGGCAAUCGGAAUAUCAAAUUUUUAAACGACUUCUCUUCGACAAUCAUAAUAACACUUAUUACGUUUUUUCAAAACUUUUCUAAAUAUAUUUGUUAUAGCAUAAAUUUCGGAAUAUGCUUUCUGAAUGAAUUUAAGUUAAUAACGAUGAUACCCCAGAUUUUAUAUAAGUUUAAACAUAAAAUUCUAUUUCAAAAUCCUUUAAGUCACGUUCGCAAUACUAGCAACAGUUUUAGUUUUGUACUCAACAUUAAAGGAGAAUAUAUACAAUGAUUAGCUUCUGAAAGAGAUGAAAAAAAAGUUCGGAAUUGUGAGUGCUACCUUAAAUCAACAAAUUAUUGUUUUUUACUAUUUUGUAUUAAAAAUAUUCACGUCACCGCAGAGAUGAAAAAUGUUGACUAGAUACUUUUCUAUACUAUGUUCUAAUUAUGACAAACCCUUAAAUAAAGAUAAAAACUGAAGAUUUCUAAAUUACUAGUCUAAAUUUUGUUAUUUAAAACUAUUUCUCAAAUAAUCUACAAUUAUUAUAUAAGUUUUGUAAGAAAUCUUAAUAUUUUCUAAGAAAAAAAAAAACAGAAUUAAAAAAUAAAUAAAAAAAACUUAAUUAAAUAUGAUAUUUAAACUGCAAGAUGAUAUGAAGUCAGCGUAAAAUGAAAAAGAAAAGCUGCUUUAAGUUAUUUUUUUUAAUUUUGUAAUUAAAACUACAUACAUACACACAUAUAUAAAGCCUCAUUUUCACUACCUCUAGUUAUUCCUUAAUUUAAAGUAAUACUUCCUGUUAAAAUAAUUUUUAUAUGCAAACUGUCUGUAUAACUUUAGUUUAACAAAUAACUAGACAUGUGAAAAUGGGCGUAUUUUUAAGUUCUUUAUUUUAGUUUUUUUAUUUUCUUAAAUAUAAAGUAAUUUAAAGUAAAUAAAUUAAAAAAACAGUAUUUGAAAUGAAAUUUCUAAAAAAAUAAUUAAAUAAAAUAUGAACUAAUAAACAAUAAUUUUUAUUACAAAAAAAUUAGAUAAACGAAGAAAAUCUUUUUAAAUUGAUAUAAAAUUAUUAAAAAAAAAACCAAAUAUAAUUGUAAACAAAAUAUAUUUAAUCAUAAUGAUUGAAAUUAAAUGCUUAAAUCUAACAUCAUCAUGUAACAUUACAAUUAAAUACACAAUUAUAAACAGACUACAACAACAAAAUACAAAACUCAAUAAAGUAUUAAAUGAAUUUUUUAAUUAAAUUUGAAAUAACAUGUCAAAAAUCAUCAACAAAUAUGAAAUAAAUUGCUUUGCUCUAAAAUUAACAAACAAAAUAUAAUCUAGGUUAUUAUUUGUAGAUCUCUUUUUAUUAUACAAUCAUAAUAUAUAAUACAAAAAAACGCAGCUGCUGGUCAGCUUCGUAUGAAUAUUAUAUUAUUAUACAAUAUGUCCAUUUUGAAUAUCUUUCAAUGGAAAGGAACAACUUUAAAUGAAACUAACAGCUCGAGGAGUACUACAUACCAUAAUUACAACAACAUAAUAACACUAACCUCCCAGAACACAACAAUAAAUAAAAAACCAACCGGCAAAUGCAAUAUGUAUGUCUAUGGAUUGUAUUGAAAUAUAAAAUAUUUCCAAUUAAAUCGAUGGAUAUUUAAAUAUAUUCUAAAAUAAAAUAAACAGCAUAAUAGUUUUCAAUUUGUAAUUUUCAAUGUAUUUUUUAUGUUCAUAAUUAAUGUCUCAAAAUAAAGAAUAGCACAAGAUUUCUUAAAAAUAAAUAAAAAAAAAUAAAAAACCAACAA